GUCCAGCCCACGACGAGAUUUGAAAGAUCUGCUUUUGCAGCCGUUGGAGACGUCACACAUCGAUCACCAGAGACAAAGUACAGCGAGACUUCGCACCGUCUUUGGAGACUCUCCCACUUUCACUUCCUAGUAAGCCAUCCUCUGCGUAUCCGACCACCUCCUGCAGCUUCUACAGAAGACCAUUUUGCAGGCUCUCCUGGGUCUCUACGGAUCUCGUACUAACCAUCAGAUCUGUCAACAUGGCAGCCAUUGCCAAGAACAACGCUUUCGGCUACCACAGCCCAAGCUGGAACCUCCCCUUCCCAAACGGUAAUCUGACCGCCGCCGAGAUCCUGGCCUACCUCCCGCAUUGGCUCAAAUCCGUCGAUGUCAUCGACCGUUUCGUGAUGCACGGCGCGAAAGCAGGGCAUCUCGCUGCCAUGAUCAACGAGUAUAGGGACCAGCCGCUGAAUCAAGAUUUCCAACCCAAUUCUGCCAUGGUCAUGAUACAGUACGCCAUGCGACGCGCCGGAUACGACGAUUGGAAAUUUGGUAUGCACUUCGAAUAUGACACUGGAAUCCCGAGACCUGAAGCCAACCUCAACGUCCACUGUUUCCGUACACCCAACCGGACUCACCCUAAGGACGUGAGGACUGGUACUCCCGGAAAGGACAAGGUCAAUCAGGACUCCUCACCGUUGGACUUCAAAGACCUUGCACUCCAUGUGAAAGAACAUCCGUGUGGCGAUGACGCACUGGACCUCACCCGCUGUGUGCAAUACGCUAUUGAGCACGAGGAAGAAGUGUGGUUCUUUCCCACUGAUUUCCAACGACUCAUCACUCACCUCGGUGGGCCAGCCACUGUCACUCACGGUCACUACGAUAGGCAAGUGUUUGCACGUCAUAGCAACUACGCCUUCUCACCCGCCAAGUCUACACCCGGUAAAGGCCGCGUCCCUAAAACUCCCAAGACUCCCAAGAGUUCCAAGAUCAACAGCAAGGCCAAAGCUGCGCGCGGUAGCAAGAAGACACUCUUCGACGACAUCGAGCUGGUUGCAAUGUCACGGUCCGCGACACCACAGAAGCGUACAGCUGAGGGCCUGGGGAAGGUGCUGGAUGGUAGCAAGAGGAGAAGCGGCAGGCUUGUCGGAAAGCAGAUAAACUUUGCUGAAGAACCUGAAGUCGGCGGCGAGGACAAAGAUUACUUCGACUCACCCUACGCCACCCCUUCCAAGAAGCGCAAGCUUUCUCGUCUGCCGCCGACCCCAAACUCGUCCGCCGAUGAUGACGAGUUCGUAGAGGACGAGUCCGAGCCUGAUGACGAUAUUCCGGAAGAAGACGCAAGUGAGCCUGAGGAAGCCAUUUCGCCAAUCCACGCAGCACGCGGCCGUCAAGCGGCGCGCAAGGCUCGCUUGAACAUCAACGCUGCUUUUGUACCUGAGCGCCGCCCUCUAAAGCUCAAAGUCCCUGGAAUCGAAGCCUCACCCCAGAAAGCUCGACAGCAAGCAAAGGUGCCCUCGUACAUGAUGACCGAGUUCACUCCAGAUGUCAUGGACGCCGUCCGCGAGUACCUCAAGUGCGAGCCCAUCCACUUCCCCGCUCCCCUCCUCUCAGAGGAUCGCCUCCGGAUCGACGACCACAGCAUCUACCUGUACUCUUCUCCGCCACAUACUUCGUUCCCUGAGAUGUACUCGUCCGCUUACGAUUACGCCCGCUUCAACGGCCCUCGCCGCCACGCCCCGUUCCGCGAGCUUCACCUGUUGAGUCAGCCUCACCCCAAGGAUACUAGCGAUUGGGCUGAGAACAUCCGCUGGGCUAAGCAGCAGUAUGCUUUAUUUGGUAGUGUUUGGACGGAGUAUGAUUGGUUCCUUGAGAGUAUUACUGCGCAUAGGUAUGAGAUUGGUUGGGUCAGUGAGGAGGUUAUUAGGGAUGGUAUGUGAGCUGCCUGGGCGUUGAACUGCGGACGUUGGACCUGGCUCAGAUAAGGCCUGUGGGUUGCGUUAUAGUCGUCUUGACACCUGGAUCUUCCUCUGGAUGUUCUGGGCAUCAUGGCAAUUCUGUGCGAUGACACGAUAUUGAGCAUGAAACCAGAUACACAGGACUGAUAAUAAUACACUCCCGCAGUCUACCAUUAUUCUAAGUGUAAAUCUCGUAUUGCUGACACUCCCAAUGUUGUAGAUCAGUGCACAUGAGGCUCACGCGAAAAGGCGCAUUUGUCAACAG